AUGCGACUGACGAAAUCACAUGAAACAAACAUUAUUCAAGGAGACUUUAAUGCAAAGGUUGGAAGAGGAGAAGUUCAAGGAGUUGUGGGCCAGUAUGGACUAGGUGAAAGAAAUGAUAAAGGAGAUCGACUAAUACAAUUCUGUCAAGAAUAUAAACUAAAGAUUUCAAACACUUUGUUCAAUCUACCACCUUGUAGACUAUAUACGUGGAAAUCUCCAUCUGAUACUUCUGAUAACAUUAUCAGAAAUCAAAUAGACUUCAUCCUAAUUAAUGAUCGUUUUUGCUCUUCAGUUAAGAAAGUUACAACUUACCCAGGCGCAGAUGUACCAUCUGAUCAUAAUCUUCUAAUGGCGAAAAUUUGCAUAAGAUUAGCAUCAAAUCGCAGAAAGAAACCAAAGCUUAAACUCAACUUAGAAAAACUACGAAAAGAUGACAUAAAAUGUUCAUUAAAAAAUAAUCGCAUUAGUAAUAUUGAUUCUAGGAAUCCAAAUAAUAUAUGGGAACAACGAUAUAUGGGACAACGAUUACAUCUUCAUCAAAAGAAACUCUUGGAUCAUAUAGGAAGGAAAUAA